CCUGCAGCACCUAGGCGUGUCUGUUUUGCUGAAGGCCAAGAAGGCGUGGCACAGGUAUAAAGAGACUCAACAAGUCAUGUUCCGACCUGACGCAGCUGCUUUCCCUCUACAGCUAAAAGUUGUCCCAACGUGGCCCUCAUGGCGUACUCCACCAGCACUAUCGCACAGGGCUGUUUUGGGAAGGUGUACAAGGAGAAGUACAACGAUACCUGGGCUGCUGUAAAGAAGGUCCCCCAUAAUCUCAUCAGUAAGAAGGACCUGGAGAGGGAGUGUGAAGUGUACAACAAGGCAAAUCAUCCCAACAUAGUGAAGCUUCUGGGCAACAUAAAUCUCCGAGACGGAAAAUGGAUUAUUCCUCUAGAGUUUAUCUUUGGCGAGGACUUAGAGACCACCAUCUUCAAAACAUCAAAGUCUAAAAUACAGCUGACUCCGUCUAUUAAGGGCACUAUCAUCAUCGGCAUGUGUGAAGGGCUGCUUCACCUCCACUCCAAAGAUGUUGUCCAUCAAGACCUCAAGCCUGAAAACAUCAUGGUGGAACAUAACACAAACAGAGCUGUCAUCAUCGACCUGGGACUGGCCAAGUUCUUCCGAUAUGGUCUCAACUCUGCUGUUAACAUGGGGAACGAGGCCUACUCAGCCCCCGAGGUGCUGCAGGAGCGCGGGCAGAGGGACCAGCGCUCAGAUGUGUGGGCCAUGGGUAAGAUCAUCGCCGAGCUCUGUGCCCGGGUUCGCCUGUACACGCCCACUGUCUGUCCCGCCAAGAUCAAGGAAACCCUGCUGGAUCAGCCGUACUGCCAUGCCGUGUGUAGGAUGGUAGAGACUGACCCUACUCUGAGGGCCUCCAUGGGUGGGGUCAUAAGUGAAAUACGAAAGGCUGGAAGUGCAGGCAUCGUCCCCAGUGCACCCGUUCAAAAAGAUCACCUUAAGCCACCUGCAUCUCAAAUUAAUGUCAGAAACCUCUCUCCAUCACCUGUGAAUAGAGAUCCAUCUCCAGAGAACAGAAAUCCAUCGCCAAUGAACAGGGCUCCAUCCCCGUUUAACAGGGACCCAUCACCAAUGAACAGGGCUCCAUCCCCGUUUAACAGGGACCCAUUGCCAAUAAAAAAGGCUCCAUCCCCGUUUGACAGGGGCCCAUCACCAAUGAACAAGGCUCCAUCGCCGUUUGACAGGGACCCAUCACCAAUGAACAAGGCUCCAUCCCCGUUUAACAGGGACCCAUUGCCAAUAAAAAAGGCUCCAUCGCCGUUUGACAGGGACCCAUUGCCAAUGAACAAGGCUCCAUCCCCGUUUAACAGGGACCCAUUGCCAAUGAACAAGGCUCCAUCGCCGCUGAAAUGGGAGUGUUCACCCAGACCAGACUUCAAAGCUUUGAAUCCACAAGCUGCAAUGCACCUCUCUCCUUCCCCUCAGAGGACAGAGGACAUAAACAAACACCAGGCUCUGGUCCCAGCAGGCAGAACCGAGCUCACGCAAGACUUCAUGAAGAUGAAGUUGUACCAAGAGGCUGCCAAGGAUCUGCCCUGCAACCUGCCAACAACAGGGAGGGUGGUGAUUCGGCACUUUGAGGAGAAAAAUGGGGAGGUUGAAACAUGGCAGCAGAAGGAGGUGGUGACUCGUGAUGGGAAGAUAGUCGAGUUCAAUGACAUCAAGUUUAAUGGCAAGUAAGAAUAAGAGUUUGAGGACUUUAUCUCCUUAAAAAGGAUUGCAUGUGCUGGUUAAAUGGUUAGUUCAGGGUCACCUAACUUUUGGUAUCUUCUUAAAAGAGCAUGUAAAACACAUUUCACUGAGCUAAAGCAUCAACUGAGAUUAAUUUACAGUGGGCACCUGUUUUUACACACACAUAAAAUGGAUUUGAAACCUGUUACAAACUUGGAAAUACAGUAUGCCUGUGCCAGUUUGAAGCGGUAAUAAGAGGACAUCUUGAAUGCUUUGGUUGUGCUGUAACAUGUUUUUUUUUCAGCCAUGUUGAUUGAUAGCUCAUUUUAUUGCCAAGAAAGAAAUAUCUGCAGGCACGAACAGCCAUCUGUGAAUGUCUUUCAGCAUCUGAAUGCAUAUGACUGUGAACAUGGGUCAUACAUUAGGUGAAUGUUUAUGUAUAUAAUACAUUCUGAAAUCUCAAUUGCAGAGAUAGAUUUUGUUUCUUUGGGAUGCUUUAUGCUCAUAUUUAAUACAUCAUGUUUCAUUAGAUUAGCUUGAUCUGUUUUAAUAAUCAGAAAAUCUGAGCAAGUAAAGAAAAGAUGCACACACUAUAGUUGAUGGUUAUAAACAAAAGCAGCAACUAAAAUCAGAAUCAGACAAGAUUCUGAACAGCAGCUGAACAGAUCUUGUUUUUUCCACUUAAGAAAUAUAACUAAACUGAAAUCUGCUUAUACAUGCUUUCAUCUUAUCUCGCAUUGACUACUGUAAUGAAUUUUUCUUCUCACUUAGUAGGCGAUGUCUGCUUUUGAUCACCUUCAGUAGGCUAAAUCCAGAAUGCUGUUACAAGGCUACUCACUAGGUCAAAUAGACAGUCUCACAUUAGCCCUGUUCUUAAGUCUCUUCACUGGCUCUCACUCUCAUACAGUAGGCCAUUGCACGGUCAGGCAGGUGCAUUAUGUGGCUGAACUACUCUCUUGGUCUAAUAUGUUAAGUUAAAUGUCUGUCCCACGCACCCGGGUUAGGGCCCAUGGUAAUCGAUCUUUUGAUUCCGUAGCACUUAGGAUUUGGACUGCUCUGCCCCCACCCUAACGCUUUGCUCUUUCUGUGGAUUAUUUUAAAAAUCAGAUAAAGACCUAUGGCUACCUAUUUGGAUGGGUGUUUGGUUGAAAUGUCUGCACUUUGUGUAAUAUGUAAUUUUAAUUGUGUAUUGUGUUUUUAUUAUGUAUGUUUAUAGGCUAUGUUUUUAUGCCCCAGUAAAGCACUCUGUGAUUUACCUGUGAAAAGUGCUUCAUAAAUAAACGUUACUUACUUAAUAUAA